CUUCGCAGAACUCUCUUUUCAAUAACACAGCCUGUCAAAAACAACACGUGCGUGCUGUCUAGGUCUACUGAUUUGUGCUGCCCUUGGAAGUAUAUUUGUUUUUAAUGAUUCUAAGGCAUGGUGAUGGAUUGCCUCUUAGCACGAAAGCUGAGCAUGUACUAAUCAUUUGCAGUACUGUUAGACAACUGCCUUGAACAGAACGAUUACGCAGAGAUGGCUGCCUGUAGAUUAUCCUCUCGGUUAGGCGACAGCCUCAGGAAGGUUUAUGGGAGGUCUACCAAUGUUUGUGAUCUGUGUUGGCAGAGGUCGCUUAAUAUUGGAUCUUCUUCACAAAAGAAUGAACUACACAAACUUAAUGAUGAAAAAGUGAUGAGAUCUUCUGCACCUCCUCUAACUCCUGAAGGAGGACAUUAUUUAUCAGCCAGAGGGCUUUAUACAAACAGUAUUUUCAAAGCAUUUAUUUUUGAUAUGGCUAAAUCUACAAAACUAUCUUGUUCGGGCAAACCAAUGAUAAGGACAUCAGUGCUAUGGUUAAAUUACUUUUCUGGGACCAGGUUAAAAUUGAACUCAAAUCUAUUUUGUGGUUCUAGACAUUUUUGUAGUGCUGAAUUCAGAAGAGAUCUAGACAACACUGCAGAAAUGAAGGAAGAUCUUGGUGCUGAUUCUGAUACACAGGAAAUGGAUGAAACUGUUGGCGAGAUGUUGCUCAAUGUCAGUAACCAUGGUGACCAGCAGGUUAUUUCCAAACCUUUGGACGUUUAUGAUUACAGUACUAGAAAUCAGGACAGUCAACUCCCCGGUACCACACAGCCUGCUCCACCAUUGCCUUUUCAAUCCUAUAACUUGGCACCUUUUAUAGCCAAAUCUGAUGUAUUAAAAUACCUGUUACAUUUGAAUGUGAAUCUGGCAAAGGUUGAAGCAAAGCGGAAUGCAGCCAGUAGUCUUGUGAAGUUGGACUUGAAGCAGGACGUCAUGCCAGUGAUGUUUUUCCUGAAGGAGGCCGAGAUACCAGAUGACAAAUUAGGAAAAGUCAUUGGUCUUUAUCCUUUCAUAUUUGAGAAGUUUGAUGAAGCAAAGUUGAUGAUGGAGUAUUUCAAAUUAAAAAAAUUUAAAAAGGAGUCCAUUGCACAUAUAAUUGUUGGAGCACCAACCGUUCUAGGACUGCAGGUUGUUACAACUGACACAAGAAUUGGAGCAUACCAAAAGUUCUUCAAUCUCACAGGUGACCAGACCAGACAGGUGAUGACCAGGGUCCCACGAAUUCUUCUCAAUCACCCCGACGUAUUAAAGGAAACAAUAGAGAUGUUUAGAGCUUAUGGGUUUUCAAAGGAUCAGUUGAAAAAUAUUCUCCUCCAGUGCCCAUCGGUCUUUAAAAGACCAGAAGAAGAUAAUUUGAAGCAUCGUCUACAAUACUUGCUCAUGAACAUCCCAAUGGACCAUAACACCAUCACAAAGUUCAGCUACGUUCUCCGGUACCCCACCAAUCCCAUCAAGGAGCGACAUCUGUUUCUAUUGGAGCUUGGCCGUGCACAGUAUGAUCCCACCAAAGAAAAUUACAUCUCUCCAACAGACUUGGUGUGUUCACCCGAGUCAAAGUUCUGCCAGCUAGCCAGGACUACACCAGCCUUAUUUAGGGAGUUUAAAACGACCUUAUAGUGGUCUAGUAAUUCUGUGAAGUGACGAGUUGAGACAAUUAGUGAUACACUCAUUAAUGAGACAAUGAGAGAUAAAAGAGUGCCAACGUUUAAGUGAAAUAUUGUCUGGGCUACACUCAUUAAUGAGACAAUGAGAGAUAAAAGAGUGCCAACGUUUAAGUGAAAUAUUGUCUGGGCUACACUCAUUAAUGAGACAAUGAGAGAUAAAAGAGUGCCAACGUUUAAGUGAAAUAUUGUCUGGGCUACAAAUUUUAUAUGGUUUGAGAGCUUAAAGUACAUCUGCAGCAUCACUUACAGGUGUGAAGUACAUAGAAAGCAUGUCAUUGUGACCUUCACCUCAAGGUCAAAGACAAAA